CCUAAUUGUUGUGAUAAACUUAUUAAAUAGGGGACAUAUGUGUUACUGAAGUCACCCCACCACAACAUGGGCAAUUUAAGCAGUGGAAGUCACUCAAUAUACAUGUUCUUCAGGCAGCUUCGAUUGCUCCUCUGGAAGAAUGCGGUCUUGAAAAAACGAACGCCGGUGGUGACACUGUUGGAAACUAUCAUCCCACUGGUCAUCUUCAUCAUCUUGGUGCUGAUGCGGAUGCGACUGCCUCCCGUGGAGCAGCCGAUCCAGAUGCCCAAACACCAGCCCCUAGUCUCCGCUGGACUGGUGCCUCUCAUUCAGAGCGUCUGCAUCAACGAGAAAGUGUGCAAACCAUACGGGGUGCCGAAAGGAACUUAUUUUCAUAAACUGCUAAACGACCUUCACUCGCUGCACAGCGAGUUAGCUGCUUCGAACACUGAGGAAACAGAAGAUAACCUGAGGUCUCUUCUCUUCAUCAGCAGAAAAGAGUUGGCAGCGGCUGGCAUUGACCGAACUGCAAUGCUGCAAGAACUCACAAAUGCGAACAUAGUUAUGAAUGAAACAAAAAAAUUCUCAACGGUUUUCCUGACGAAUGAGACAUUCCGAUUAGAAGCAAGGCGGCUGAUAGACAAGUACAAGACCAGCAGGAUGCUCGGAAGAAGAUUCAAAGAAGCAAGUGAAGAUAAUACAGGCCUCUUUUCAGAAGACAAGCUGGUGAUGUUGAUGAGUCUCUCUGACAAGACGCCCGAAUUGAUGCAAUGGCUGGGAUUUCUACCAGAAGACACAUGUGAUUCCUUAGUUGAUGAAAAUUACGACAGACGGAAACUGACUCAGGCAGCUCUAGAGAUGUGGCACCAAAUACAGCCUGACUUGUGUGCCAACUACGAGAAACUGACUAUGCAGGAUGUAGAUCUGAAGAGGUUCGAGAAGUUGAACUUGGAGACACAUCAAUUUCUCAUGCUGCAACACUGGCAGUCCUUCCUCGACAAGAACCUCAAGAUAUUGUUCACGCCUGUGACUGAAGACACUGAAAAAAUUGUGGCAGAGAUGUCAUCUACAGCAACAACAUUGCGCAAACUGCCCGUGUUCCUGAACAACUUUCUCCAAGUUUCGGAGGCAUUCAGAUCUUACCUGAAACUGAAAAAUCCAAAUGCUUUCGAACAAGGAGUUUCAGUACUGGACGUGGUCACCUUCCUCAAUGUUGAAUUCAACGGAACUGAGCCAAAUAUUGAAGAUCUGCGGAAGACGUACCCGGGACUGACCGUGAACUUCCUGAAGAUGCUGGACGUGUUCGAUCGUGCCGCGUGUGCCAUGAAGUUGAUGUUAAGAGACAGGGAUUUGGACGUGUUCGAGGGAGUCGCAACUGAGAGUGAGGCAGUGCACUUGCUAGCCAAUGGAGAUGCGGCCAGAGAGGGAAACAGAAUUCUGGCAGUGAUUGUGUUUGACGUGGACGAGCAGGGUAGAAUUGGGUCACAUGUAAGCUACAAAAUCAGACAGUCGCAGAGUGAAACAGCCGAUACCCGAUUCGUCAGAUCAUCAUACUGGUACCCGGGAACUGACACUCAUGGACUGAAUGAGAACAACUACUACACGUAUGGAUUCCUCUGGGUGCAAGAUCUAGUUGAUAGAGCCAUCAUCAACUUCCAGACGGGCAGAAGCGUCGAGGCACCAGGUCUAUACAUCCAGAAGUUCCCCGCCCCCUGCUAUGACAAUGACGUGUUUGCAGAAGUUAUAGAACAUGGUAUGCCUCUGUUCAUGCUACUGUCCUGGAUAUAUUUUUCCAGUGUGUUGGUGAAUGCGGUGGCCAAGGAAAAGGAAACACGUCUGAAAGAGAGCAUGCGCAUGAUGGGACUAACUCGAACUGUUCACUGGGCUGCCUGGUUCUUCACAGCCUUUCUACACAUGCAAGUGACACUGCUGCUUCUGGUGCUGUUGAUCCACUUCGGGAACUUGUUGCCCCAGAGCAACCCACUGGUGCUUCACAUGUUCUUCUCCAUAUUCUGCGUGGCCAUGAUAUGUUUCUGUUUCUUCAUCUCGUGCAUCUUUAACAACAGUCAAGUGGCGUCUGCAUUCACAGGCAUCCUCCUUGUGUUCCUACAUGUGCCCUUCACUUUCAUACAUAUUGUGGAGACCUACAACAAACAGAUCAUAUCCGCCGCCAUCAAGUCCAUUGUGUGUCUGAUUCCUGUGACGCCGAUGGCGAUGGGCGUGAAAUACUUCACCAUCUAUGAGAUCCAGAAGGAGGGCAUCCAGUGGCACAACCUCAACUCCUCCCCCUCCGACGGCGACAACUUCUCAGCCCUCAAGGCCAUGCUCAUGCUCAUCGUGGACUCAGUCGUGUAUGCAUUCCUAGCAUGGUACAUCGAGGCCAUCAGACCAGGACCCUAUGGCAUCCCUCUGCCCUGGUACUUUCCCUUCAUGAAGUCCUACUGGUCAUCCAAACAGGAUCACGCAGAAGUGUCCAUGCAGUGCAUUCUGUGUGGCGGGGGAGGCACAGACAGCGAAACAGACGACAAACACUCCCUCGCAUCCUCCCAGGCGUUGAAUGGGGGUGGCAGUUGCUAUCUCGGAUGCGAUCCCUACUCAAACCCGGUCGAUAGGAAUUUGUUUGAGACUGAGCCGGAUGAUUUGGUGCUAGGAGUGGCUAUUAAGUCUUUGUCCAAGAAGUACAAGUCAGCUGGAAAAUACGCACUACGUGGAUUGACUUUGAACAUGUACGAGGGUCAAAUUACAGCAUUGCUCGGACAUAAUGGGGCCGGAAAAUCAACUACGAUGUCAAUUCUAUGCGGGGUGCAGCCACCCUCUCACGGAACAGCGAAGAUCUACAAUAAAGAUAUCAGGUUCCAAAUGGAUGCAAUUCGACAGGAGAUGGGAAUGUGUCCGCAACACAAUGUACUCUUUGAUAAUUUAACAGUCGAGGAGCACUUGUACCUGUUUGCUAAUUUAAAAUUACCAAGUGCGUCUAAAGAGCAAAUAAAUGUAGAAGUCGAGAGGCUGUUGCAUGACAUGGAUUUGCCUACAGACAGACAUACGUUAGUGCGGAAGCUAUCGAGUGGAGUUCAAAGGAAGCUAAGUGUGGCGAUGACAUUCAUAGGAGAUCCGAAACUGAUCAUUCUCGACGAACCGACGAGUAAUGUUGACCCACAAGCGAGACGAGCCAUCUGGGAUCUUUUAAUCAAGUACAAAGACAAUCACACGAUUCUAAUGUCGACGCAUUUCAUGGAUGAAGCUCAAAUGUUGGGAGACAGAAUAGCUAUGAUUUCGGGAGGUGUCUUGAGAUGUGUAGGGACUCCGAUAUACCUUUUGAAUCGUCUAGGUGCCGGAUAUCACUUGACCUUACAUAGGCAGAUGCAUGGUAGCGCUGGGUCUUCAUCCUAUUCUGAUUCAGUUCGCCAGUUUAACAAAAGAGAAGUUACAGAAUUUGUCAGACGGUUCAUAGGAGCAGCAACGUUGCAGAAGGUUACUCAAACUGAUGUGGAGUAUAUAUUGCCAAGAGAGUUUGUAGAAACAUCGAAUUUUGAAAACCUGCUGAAAGAGUUAACACAGAACUUAUCUCAGUUUGGCCUAACAAGCUUCGGUUUAAGAGAUACAAGCUUAGAAGAAGUGUUUUUCAAAAUUUGCGAGUCGGCAGGGAACCUGAGAAACACGAACCGAUUGUCUCAGAACCCAGACCAGGAUCCAAACGAAAGUUUCUCGAAUCAAACGGAGGACAAUGAACAUCAUCCUGAACACAACAUGGGCCAUGCUAAUGGAAGAGUUGAAGAGAACCAAGGUGACAAUUCAGUUCUCCACGAUGAAUCGUACAUGAGUGACGGAAGUUACAACGAACCUCAACCGCAUGCUGCUAAUUUACCCGAUGUUGUGAUCUCGCAGCCUAGCAUUGCGUGCUCAACUGAUAUGCCCUUUUCUAAUUUGAAAAGAGUCUCCGGACCUUCGUUGUAUCUAAACCAGUUCGUAGCCUUGUCAAAGAAGAAACUGAUUCUUACUGCUAAGAACCCGAAGUUAUUAUUGACACAAAUUGCGUUUCCGCUUUUGUUCAUGCUUGCAGCCAUGUCAAUGGCCUACAUGUCAUCGUACACAGGUGAUUCGAAGAUGUUGAGAAUGUCUACUGCGCAGUAUGAACAGUAUCACGUGCCAUUUGGAAUGAAGAAUGAAAUUCCGGUAGCUGCAGUAGUUUCAUCAUUGCAGUCGACGGAAGAACAGAAACAGUCAGAUGCUGGUCCCCUGGAUCUAGUGGAAACCCUUCGUCUUGCAUCCGGCGUCGGAGCAGACUGCACUCUGUUGCCCGGCAUGAACGAGCAAAUAUUCAACGACUUCACAGUUCCCAACUUUCUCUACCCAGACUGGUGUCUGGUCCAGGGAACACCAGUAGAGCAAGUGCUAGGGUCCAGAGACGCCAAUGCUUCCUUCUCAUCGGCAAUAAAGACAUUCCCUCAAAAACGGACAGACCACCAGCCUAUUGUAGGGAUGAGGAGCAGUAGUAAUACCACAGUUGCACAUUAUUGUGAAGACACUGGGCACAGAUGCGAAGAGUGCAGCAACGCAGUCCUCAAGUGCCACAAUAUGACGUCAUCAGUAGGCUAUGAGCAGUUCGUAUUCGACACUUGGGCCAAUGACAGAGUGGUGGACGUCAGUGAGGAGUCGAGUCGCUUCGGGUUCGAUGUGGAUGAUCAGUUUCAACUGCAUGCGUUUGACCAUCGUCAGAGAAACCGUUACGGUGGACUGGUGUUCAAAGACUAUGUUUAUGAGCCAGGCAUGGUUGCUGAUCUGCCCGACAUUUACAACAGUUUGUUCUCCAAACAACAAGCAAAGGUCUACUACAACUCUAAGGGAUACCAUAGCAUCCCGAUCUACGUGAAUGCAGCGAACAAUGCCAUCCUGAGGGCGAACCUGGUCAAGUUCAACAAGAGUGCAGACCCGAGAGAGUUCGGGAUCACGACCUACUCUCAGCCAAUCAGGGCAGGACACUUGCCUAGCAAGAACCUCAUGGACCAUGGAAACGACGUAGUGGUAGCCAUGUUGGUCCUUACAGGAUUCAGUUCCCUCCCCGCGAGUUUCCUCAUGCACUUGGUCUACGAGAGAACCCACAAGAUGAAACACCUCCAACUGGUGUCUGGCAUGCACCCAGUCGUCUACUGGCUGUCUAACUUUGUGUGGGAUUUGAUAGUGUCAUGUAUACCCAUAUUCCUCAGUUAUGUCAUCAUGGUCAGCAUAGGAGUGAGGGCAUACACUGAAGGACAGAAUAGUCUCGCACUGCUCUAUCUCCUCCUCACUUAUGUCUGGGCAGUGAUCCCGUCAAUGUAUCUGUUCUCGUUCGUGUUCAAUGAGCCAGCCACUGCCUACGUGGGACUGGGGGUGUCCAACCUCCUCACUGGAGUCAUCAUGGUCAUCAUCGUCUACAUGUUUGACACUGUAGUCAGAAACGAUGAGGUGAUAUCGCAAAUCAACUCUAUCCUGAAGGCGUGUUUUGUGGUGGUGCCCAUCUACAAUGUGGGCCACGGAUUCACUUACAUCGCCUUUAAUCAGAUCCUCAACGACUUCUACCUCUCAUUCGGACUCGACGAAAAGGUUGUCGAGCCAUUCGACUGGAGCGCCACGACCAGAGGCAUCGUAAUCAACUUCGUUCAGGGAUUCGUGGCGUUCGCUUUAGUAAUUCUCUGCGAGUAUAAUCUUUUCUUGCAAAUAAGCGUCAAAACAGAAGAACCUCUUGAGGAACCCCUGAAGAGUGCCUCAGAUAGCGAAGUGAACAAGGGAUCCAUCAGAUUUGCAUGCGACAGUCCAGGAGCUGUUCAGAUUGUGGAUCCGGAUGUCAAGGCAGAACGGGAACGCGUGAAAAGAAGCAGAGAUCCGGUUCGACUGAUGAAUUUGACGAAAGUGUAUACUUCCUUAGACAUGGGAAGGUUCAGAGCUGUCAACAAUGUCAGUGUGGGUAUCAGACAGGGUGAAAUUUUUGGUCUGUGUGGAUCAAAUGGGUCAGGGAAAACAGAGUUGUUUAAGUUGCUGACGUUGGACUCCCAUCCAUCAGAUGGUACAAUCUUCAUCGACAAUCAUAAUGCGGCUAAGAACAAAAAUGCCAUCUGGAGCAUAAUUGGUUACUGUCCCCAACAUGAAGCUUUGUUUGGAGAGAUGACUGGUCAACAACAUCUAGAAUUGUAUGCAGCAUUGCGAGGCUAUUCAAGGAAAUCUAUGCCUAAGGUGAUCAAAGAGACGAUUGCGGAGAUGGAUUUGAUAGAGUGUAGGGACAAAGAGACUGACACCUACUCUGGUGGAAUGAAGAGGAAGUUGUCGGCUGCUCUGGCUCUCAUCGGGGAUCCAAAAAUAGUGGUGCUAGAUGACCCCACUGCCGGAAUGGACCCAAGGUCAAGGAGGUUCCUCUGGACUCUCAUCAAGAAACUCAACGAGAAGGGCAGGACAGUGAUCUUUGCCUCGAAUAGUAUGGACGAGUGUGAGCGUCUGUGUUCCCGUCUGGCCAUCAUGAUCAGAGGCAGCUUCAUCUCUCUGGGCAGUGUGAAUCACCUGAAGAACAGAAGUGGCGACAUGUACAACAUCAAGUGCAGACUGGAGAGGGGUGCUGACUUCUCCCUCAUCGCCCAGUUCAUGACUAAUGAGCUGCCCAAGGCUGAAGUUGUUGAGGAGCACUUCAACGUGAUCACUUACGAGGUGGCGGCUGAGCACCUGAAUUUGCCACGGGUCUUUUCGCUCCUCGGAACACACAAGGCCAAACUGGGCAUUGUAGACUACAGUGUCAGUCAGAAGACACUCGAAAUGGGCUAUAUGAACAUUUUGCGAAGGGAGCUUCUUCUAGAGCAGCAGAACAAGGAUGCCAACUUGAUCAACAAUAUCCAGUCCAGUUCCAAACAUCAAGACACUGCAGAGUCUAGAAAUAAGCCAUUUGCCAACCUCAGCUCGCGUGCCAACUUCGUACGUGCUCUCAAAAAAGAUCAACAAACGGGACACAGACUGGCAAGACACGCGGAAACUUCCACUUGAAUGCCUAGUUACGUAACCGAAGUCAAAGAGCGAUGCGAAGUGUCAUGUAAGCGAUUCAAAAUAGAAUCAAGAGUUCUUACCAAGGAAUUAAACAUGAGCCGUUUGCAGGAACUGUCAUAUAUCUUUGGAAAACACAUAUUAUUAAUCAGGGACUUUAAUGUAACAGUAAAGUUUCUUUAAGUUUAACUCACAAUCAACAAUCAUUUCAAAAUCGGUCACUGCUCGAUUACAAUCAGUAAAUUAUUAGACUCCUUAGAAAAAAUUUAAAUUUAUAUUGAUUAGUGUAAAAUUGAUUUGACGAUAGGCAAAUCUUAUUUAGUCCUAUAUGUGAUUUUGUAUUUCUUAUAGGGAUCUAUUCAUAGGUAUCGUACAAUGUUUUAAUGUAUUUCCAUGUUCAUCCCAAUUUUAUUUUGUAUUUUGUCCUAAAAUUAAUUAUUUUUGUUUUAAAUCAAUUUUGGAUCUUCGCGUAAUUUAUUUGUAUUUAUUAAUCAUUCACGUAGUUUGAUUAUCUGUAAUUGAAAAUAGUUGGUCUUUUGAAAUCAGGUUGUUUUGAAGUGCAAGUUUCAUGUGUUAGUAUUUAAUCGUGUUCGUAUUGUAGUUAGCCGGAAUUGAAUUAAUACUGUCUUGUUUGUCAAUCGGGUGAUGGGCAUUUUCUUUAACUUCAAUUCAAAUCAAUGGUGCUUUCUGUGAUUUUGAUACUCUGCUAUAGGCAAUAUAUCCUAAUAAAUGAAAAUGAUCUGUGGAAAAAUUACCUUGUGACGAAACCAAGUUUGGAUGUUUUUCUAACUGUGAAUCGGCCGGGAGUUUUUAAAUAGUGCCGAAAAAAUUACGUUACUCAGCUGCAAAUGACAGGGAUUGGCCCAAUUUCUGAUCCGACUUUUGAAGAAUUUGUCUGCGAUUUAGUGGUUUGCGUUUGCUUGAAAAAUCAAUUUGGUCUACUUUAAAAAAGACAAACUUUCCGAAAUUAUUUCAAAACCAAAACACCCUACCACAAGAAUUUCUUGCUUACGCCACUGGUUGUGCAACAACGCAGAAUAGAUGAAAGAAAAAACCAAUCGUGCCGUUUAAUUGAUGUCGCAGUCAGAAAAAGAUUCUUAAAAACUCGGCUUCAAUUUUGUACUUGAUUACGGUGAACACCAACUUACACCACAAGCCAUGUAAACAAGGUGCUACUGAACGCAUACUUCUUAUUCAAUUCUACAUACUUCUUUCAUAGUCAGAUAGAGAAAUAAUUUAAUUGUUUUCUCACAA